AUGAAAUUAACUCAAACUACGGGUCGAAUGAAUCAAGAACAUAGAGGAAAACUAUUUGCAAAUAAAAAUAAACUUCAAGAAAAGGUAGUUAUGGUGAAAUCAUUGGAAGAAGAGAAAGCUUUGAGGAUGGAGAGAGAGAAGGAGCAAGCAGAAGAAAGGUUAAGAAGAUCAGAAUCAAGAACUCAGUCUGAGAAUCUUGGAUCUACGUUUCAAGGUCAGAAGGAACAAGGAAUGUCAAAAGGAAUUGUACUGGACCAAGUAGACAAAGUAGAGGUUGAGGAUGGAGAUGAAGACUCACGCUCAGGUUCUGAUACUCAAGAUGUAAUACUGCUUGAACUGAAGAAGAAGGAAUGA